AUCUCCGCAUACUUUAAACCUCAAGUGAAGCCGCACAGAGAACGGUUGGAUUGACUCAUCACUUUAUGAAUGGAGCUGUGUUGAGCCCCAUUAGAUAUAUCGUGUUUUAAAAUAUCCUGGGAUUGUAAUGUGUGAGCGUCUCUGUGUGAGAGGGUUGGCCUCUGGAACAGUGGGCUAGUCACUCCCCCCACACAUGCACACACACUACUGAAAAAAAAUCCUUUCGAAGGCAUUUGGAAAGUGCAUGAGAGUCAAAUGGCUCCUAGGAAGAGAUCCGUCUUGCUGGCUACCCCUUCAUUGUUACAUCUUUUAUACAUCUUCCUUGCUGAUAUUGCAUCAGCUUCUGGUGUGUCUUUCUUUGGAGAUGGCUAUGUGGAAGUGAGAGAGCUUGAGUCAACUACUUUCAGUAGGCUCUCCAUGAAGUUCCUGACUAGUAAACACAGCGGGAUUCUCUUCUUGGCUGCAGGCCACAGUGAUUACCUGCUCAUGGAAUUACAUGCUGGAGAAAUACAGGUGAAAUUUCAACUUGGAUCUAAAGAAGUGGUUUUGAUUUCUCGGACAGGUCUGAAGCUUCACAAUCUUGCCUGGCAUGAUGUUCAUCUUGUUCAUGAGAACAAGGCUUUAACCUUGAGUAUCGAUGGACACUUCACCACUGCUGUAGAAGUGCCUGACUAUUUUAAUAAACUGCAAGUUAAUUAUGGCUUGUAUUUGGGUGGACCUGGAGAGGUAAAGAUCCCUGAUGCAUCAAGGACAUCCACCAUGUUCAGAGGUUGUAUUUCCAGGGCAGAGUUUAAUGAUCGUAACAUCUUAUCCUCAUUCAUCGCCUAUCCUGAGCAUAACAUAGACCAUGGAUGUAGCAAUGUAAUCACAGCAGCGCACAAUUAUCCUGCUAACUUUCUAGGUCCAAGAUCCUUUAUUUCCUUUCCAAGCUGGUCUACAAAAGAAGAAAGAAGGUUUGAGUGUUCUCUGAAGACGCUGGUUUUGCAGGCUCCUCUACUUUACCAUGCGGGAUGGCAGACAAAUUUUAUUGCCUUAGAAAUUGCAGAUGGUCAUCUUCGUGUCUUAAUUGAUGAUGGAAAUGGAAUUAUUGUACUGGACAAUACUCAUUUUGUUAGUGAUGGAAAAUGGCACAGUGUUCACCUGGUUUUCAAUAUAAAUGAUGUACAAAUUACAGUAGAUGAUAAAUUAUCUCAGAAGCAACUAAUUAACAAUAAGAAGGCAUAUCUGGGUCUCCAAGGGCAUCUCUUCAUUGGUGGAAUAAACAACAAAACAUCUUCUGAAUUAAUUAAACAUGGUCCCACCUAUGUGUUGGCAGAAAGAACAAUAUCUGGCUCAUUCAUCGGUUGUAUUCAGAAUAUACAAAUAAACUCAGAUCAAAUAAGCUUGUCCAAUGCAUUAGUCACUAGGGCUAUUGGCACUGAAUGCAAUGACCAAGAGAGCCAGGGGAUGGAAGAAGGUGAAAACGGGCUAGAAGGUGAGGUUUCACCUGUACCCAUGCAAAGUUUUAGGGGCAUUCUAAUGAACAACCCACCAUGUUUGAUCACAAAAAACAUGUCGCAAAUAUUCAAUAAUUUUACAAGACUAUUAGAUCUGACACAAUUGGCUGUAAAGGAAGCAGGAAGUUCCACCUUGGAGCUGAAACACAUCAACCCCACAAUUGAUCUGCACAGAAUUGGAAUAAGACAUUCCCAGGUAAUUUUCAAGAUAACUCAGGAUGGUAGACAUGGACAUUUGGAACUAAAUAUCCCAGGUGCAAAAAGUAGAAGAGCGUUUACUUUGUUGGACGUGAUCAGUCACCAUAUUAAAUAUCAUCAUGAUGGAUCUGAAGAGUUACUUGAUCAGAUAAUCUUUGAAGUAUCCAUUCAUAGCAAGCAAGAGAUCCCUCAUUGUUUAAAGCAGGGUCAACGGUAUAUUUUAAAUGUAAACAUCGUCCCGGUCGAUGAUGCGCCAGAACUAAUCUUCCCAAAUGGGAAUCUUAUGAUGAUUCUUCAAAAUACCUGGAAAACCCUUAGUCCAGAUGUCAUUCUACCCAUAGAUGCCGACAAUGUUUGUGCUGAAUUAAAGAUCAUUGUAGUUAAUAGCGAAGAUCAAGGCUAUGUUGAAGAUGUAAGAAAUCCCAAUCAGAGAAUUAGAGAAUUUUCAUGUCAGAAUCUUAAAGCAGGAAAUGUACGCUAUGUGCACAAUGGGGCUAAAUUGUCCCAAUUGUUGCUUCAGGUCAAUGACGGAGAAAGAGUAAGUGAUGUAACUCCCUUGAGAAUUGUGGCCCUGAAACCUGAAGUAAAAAUGGGUAAGAACACUGGUUUAAUUCUCCCACAAGGAGGUAUGAGUCUGAUCACCAUCAGCAAUCUGUCCGUGGAGACAAAAGCAUUCAAGCAGAAGGUGGAUGUCUUGUAUAACAUUACUGAGCCAUUACGUUAUGGUGAGGUCCAGAAACCGGAUAUUACUGGGGAAUGGAAAGCAGCAAGGGCAUUCCAUCAGCAUGAUAUAGAACAGGGUCGCAUUCGAUACGUCAGCACAGAUCCAGAGUUUCGUACAGAAAACAUUACUGAGAAACUUAUGUUUUCAGUGACAAUUGGAAAGCAAGUUCUUGAAAAUAAUGCAUUUUUAAUAAAAAUAAAGAGCGCCAAAAUAACACUGCUCAGAAUAUCUCCGAAUGAGUUAAAUAAUGUAAGACGAGGAAAGAUUACACACAAUGAACUUGAGGCUGCAAUAGAAGGACUUUCAAUCCCUGCUAACCUGUUCAGGUAUGUGAUUCUAAAGUCGCCUGAUAAAGGAAAGUUAAUGGUGGUGGAUGAGGUACUAAGAGCCGGGUCCAGCUUCACUCAGGAGGAUUUAAAGCAAGAAGGGCUCACUUAUGUGGCCACUAUCAGAAACACUGAAGAAACCCAAGAUAGUUUCCAGUUUCAGGUCUUUGUUGGAGACCAGCACUCUCCCAUAUAUACUUAUCCAAUAUUAAUUGGCAUUGAUCCUGAUGUGCCCAUUUUGAUGAGUAGGGCAUUGGUUGUGGUGGAAGGAGGUACACAAACCAUAACUAAGGAUCAACUUCUCACCAUGGGCCAGAGUACCACUGCUUUUGUGUAUAACAUUACCCAGGGUCCUCAGCAUGGAAAACUGAUCACACAGCCCAGCACCAAGGAACCUGUCACAACCUUUACCAAUGAUGAUAUUCUCCAAGAGCGGUUGAUGUAUGAGCACGAUGACACUGAAACACUGGAAGACAAGAUUAGUUUUGUUGUUGUGGAACAGUUUGAAGAUGCUGGACCCGAGGCAAAUGUGAUUCAUGGUACAUUGAAAAUCUAUAUAACACCAAUAAACGAUCAGCCACCUGUACGAGUGGUGAAUAAGACUUUUAACGUGACCCUGCAUGGACAACACUUACUAACCACAGCAGAACUUUGUUUUCAUGAUGCAGAUUCAGAUUUUGAUGAUUCCCAAUUGAUUUACACUAAGUGGGGGAUCUCCAAUGGUAAUAUUGUCUCCGCAGAUGACACUGCCCAUGAACUCUCCCGCUUCAGUCAGGACGACAUGGAAAAGAAGCGUGUGUUAUUUAAACAUCAUGGUGCGCAUCAAGGAAAUUUCCAGCUACAAGUCUCUGAUGGUGUUCAUCAAACUGCAGCUGUACUGGAAGUUCAUGCAUUGGAACCUUACUUGGAAAUAGUCAAUAACUCCAUAUUUUUGAUUCAGCAGGGACAAGAGUCAAAUAUCCAUGGCUAUUUUCUUAAUGUGGAGACUAAUAUGGACAUUUGGAGUGAAGACGAAAUAAAAUAUCAAGUAACAGAUCCACCUAAACAUGGAAAGAUUCUCGUGAACGGUGAACCAAAUUUGACUUUCUCACAGGAAGAUAUAAACACUGGCCAAGUAAUUUAUUACCACGACAACAGCAGACAUUCAAGGGAUUCCUUUAAUUUUAUAGUUGAAGUGGAAGAGAUUAAAGCAGAGGGAACUUUUCCCAUUUUGAUCUUUAUGGAAAGUCACCAGCGCCCUCCAACCGUGGUCCACAAUAAGAAAAUAUUUGUAAACCAAGGAGGAGCGAAGAGCAUUCUGAAUGAACAACUUCUCGUCUCUCAUGAUGACAGUCUUCCAUCGGAUUUGAUCUACUCUGUGAGAGUGCCUCCUGUCUAUGGGCAAUUGGCAAUGGGCUCUGACAGCGGGUCAAGUGCAUGGCGGAAACCCCUCAGGUCAUUUUCCCAGGAGGACAUAAAUGCAGGCAUUGUUCAGUAUGUUAACCUUCGAUUCAGCCCUCAGCCCGAUGCUUUCACACUGGACCUGUCCAAUGGAUUUAAAUCAGUGGAUGGACUCACAGUUGUGGUAGAUAUCAUUCCUGAUAGAAUUUCUUUGGAAACCCAGAACAUCUCAGUGAGAGAAGGAGAUGCACGGGCCCUCAGUGAAGACCUCCUCAACAUUUCCAACUACGCCAAUUCCUUGAAUUUCAAAUGUUACAUUCUGAAGGGCCCGGAGCACGGCAGGAUCGCAAACCAACAAUUUCCUGAAGACAGUCUUUCAUUCUUCACCAUGAAGGAGGUCACAGAAGGUGCAGUGUUUUAUUUUCAUGACAACAGUGAAACAUUGACGGACAACUUCACUGUAAUUGUAAAUGCCUCAGAGAUUGGCAGACUGAGUGAACCAAUGGCAGUGUAUGUAACAGUGAUCCCAGUGAACGACCAACGUCCUGUUGUCACCAUUAAUACCGGACUGAAGAUGUGGGAAAGCAGCGAGGCUGAGAUUUCCCGGGAUUUGCUGUACACUCAGGACCUCGAUAGCCCUGCGGAUGAGCUGGUGUAUUCUGUCACUCCUCCAUCCAAUGGACACGUGGCACUGAAGUCAUCGCUGGAUGGCAGCAUCCUGCAGUUUAGCCAGGCCGCGAUCAAUGCCGGGCAGGUCACCUUCGUGCACCACGGGUCAACAUCGUCCGGAGGGUUCCACUUUCAGGUGUCUGAUGGGAUUAACCACACACCCAGCCACUUCUUCAAAGUCAGGGCCAGAUCCCUCAAUAUUCAGAUCAAAACCGAGGAGCCUCUUGUUAUUUAUCCAGGGACACGCCAGCCAAUCACAACCCGGCACCUAAAGGCAAGAACCAAUGAUGACAACAGAGCAAAUAGCAGACCAAUCCUAUACACGGUUAUGACUCCUCCUGCUUUGGGGCAACUGAUCACAGUUGACACAGGGAAUGUGACCAGGAUCGUUUCCAGCUUCACUGAAGAAGACCUGGAGGCUGCCAACAUUUUCUACCAACAUGAUUGGCCCAAGGAGCCCCUGUGGAAGAGCCAGGAUUCGUUCCAGUUUACGGUCUCCUCUCUGCCGGCAGUCACGCAGAGGCACAACCUGACCCUCUGGAUCUCCUUUGAAAAUGGUGGCCCUGAGCAAGGCAGCCAGCUCUGGAGGAAUAAAGGCCUUACUCUGCUUCAAGGUCAAAGUGCCACAAUUGACCAGUCUGCACUGGACGCCUCCAACCUUCUGGCCGCAGUGCCCAGGCCCGGCCGUUCCCGCUACGAGGUGGUGUUUGAGGUGACCGCUCAGCCUGUCCAUGGGUUUCUGUCGUUGGCCAGUGUCAGGAGGGUGCGGCGCUUCACACAGUCUGACUUGUUGGUGUCCACACUCGAGUACACACACUCCCGGUCAGGGGCACUGGAGGACAGCUUCACCUUCCGAGCUCGCUUGGGUCCAAGGAGAAAGCGGCUGUCACGGCCUGGAGAUGACAAAAUGGCCAUCGUUAUUUCUGAGCGUUUUAACAUCACGGUGGUGCCGGUGAAAGGGUAUCCGCCACGGAUUGUCACCACGGGACUAGCCCUCCAUGCUCCGCAAGGCUCCCGCUUGGUGUUGUCCCCUGACCACAUACGCUCAGUAGACCCAGACAACACGCCAGAAGAAAUCCAGUAUGUAAUUGUCGCAGGGCCGGACAAUGGCUUCUUUGUGCAUCUGGCUAACAGCAACACGGCCAUAACACAGUUCACACAGGCGGAUGUCAAUGCUGGCACUGUACUGUUCCAAGCAGUGGGCCCACCAGCCACCAGCACUGUCCACUUCACAGUCUCCGAUGGGACACACUCAGCUGCCAGGGGGUCUGUCACUGUUGAGGUUGUGCCAGCCACUGUCAGCGUGAUCCACAACAAAGAGGCUGUGCUACUGCAGGGGGAUCCAGCAACACCCAUAACCAGAGAGCAGCUUGUGGUAGAGACCGGGGCAAAUGGAGGAACCCUCUACAGAAUAACCCAGCUGCCAAGGCACGGCCAGGUGAUGAUGAACCAGGUUGUGGUGACGGAGUUCUUGCAGAAGCAGAUUGACAGUGGAGAAGUGAAGUACCGGCUGACGGACUUAUCUGUUUACCAGGACAGCUUCCAGGUUUGGGCGCUGAGCCGUAAGGGCAACAUGUCAGGCACGGUGAACAUCACAGUGCGGCCACUAGUGAGAGUGGCCCCACAUCUGCAGUGGCCCAAAGGUACCACCGUUUUGAUCGACACGGAUGUUUUGGAUGCAAGUGAACUGGGGAAUAAGACCCAAAGCAUUCCCACCUUCCAUAUCACCCAACAGCCCAGAGCUGGGAAACUCAUCAAGGUGCACAGACAGAAUGGCACACAAAGUCUUCUGGGCAGUAACUUCACCCAGACAGACCUGGAAGAUGGAAGCAUUGCCAUGGAAGUCUUUGAUUCCGCUGAGGCUGGGCUAUUUCCAGACUUGGAUAGCUUCCAGUUUCUCUUAAAAGCUGAUGGAGUGCCACCUGGCAGAGGAGCUUUAGAAUUUCAGACUGUGCCAUACAUACCCAAUCACCAUUACAAUGCCACACUGCUCAACCUCGCCUCUCUGAGUAGUACAAAGGCACCAGAUUCCAGCAGCAGUCCAUCAGCCCAGGAUGGAGGAGAGAUGGACGUGGAUUACCCAACGGUAACGUGGAGCCCCUUUGGAAGUAGUGAGCCUACAUCGGGGGGUGUAUCUACAGAGUUCCAAGCAACAGCAGUCAAUGAGGCAGCUCUCUCUUCUGCAGGCAACAAUCUAAUCACCAUCAUCAUUGCUGUCAUCCUGGUGGUUUUGCUGUUGCUGAUUUUAAUAGUGAUUGUGAUCUGCAUUACCAAACGCCACAAGAUGGGAAAACACAAUGUGCAGGCCCCUCCUCCCAAGCCCAGGAAUGGUGCAGUGGAGAAAGAGACCUUCAGGAAAACAGAUCAUGUCCAGUCCAUGCCUCUGGUGAAUGUCAGGCCUCACAAUGGUGCACAGGUACAGUGGCCACGGUAUUCCUGAGGUGAAGCAGGUCUGCCAGGCUAGCAAUCACUACUAGGUAUGAUCCCGGUCCCAGUCUCUUCGUCAUCCUACCAGCUCAAGGUGCUUCAAACCAGUCACAGAACACACACCAUCACAUCGUUACUGCACCUUAUCAACCCGGGACAGGAAGGUUCCCACUGUACCUGCAGGAUUACACCACAGUAGAGAUGGUUCAGCCCCAGCUGAAAGAAAAUCUGCUGUACUGGAUAGCAUUCUGCUGCAUCUAACCGUCCCGUGGAGGAUAAAGGACCAUUCUGUAAACCAAUACCUUAGUAGUUGCCAGACUUCACCUGUUACACAUUCCAAAAAUUGAAGUAACUGACUUAAAAAAAAUAUAUUGAAAUAAUAUUGAUUCCAAUUCCCAGCAAGCCCUCGGAGAUGCUGCCUUGUUGAGGUGCUGCUCCUGUUGGUGACGACGGACUGGUGGUCAGCUUGUGAUGGGAUUUUGGCCGUGUUUGGUGUAUGCUGCAACAGGGUUAAUAAAACUUUGUGACUUAGUGGGACAUUGCUCCAGUUCAGAAUGUUUUCUAUGGUAGGCCAAGAUUUGCAGAAUGACAACAUCAAUUUCCUUUGGAUUGAAACACUUGCAGGGCUUUCUGAGUGGUGGUUAUGUUGCUUUUGAUUAUUUCCUUGUGUUUUCUGGCUUGUUUCAUAUGUUGUAGUUUCCAAUCCUACUGGCUUUUGGUUCUGGAUUCUUGAUUCCCUCUGGCUCUGUCCUGAUCCCAAGUAGCAGCUGCGGUAACACACUUUGUACACAAUGUGUGGAUCAGCCUUCCUGAGACACAUGGUUUACUUGCCCAGAGCUGUUGACCACCCAACAAUCCUGACCUAACCCAGCUGACUGGUUAGCUUCAGUUAGACUAUUCCAACACUCUCCUGACAAUCCACACCCUUCAUCUUUCCUCCUACUGUAGCAACCCCAACCUGCCUCUGCCUAGUACCCCUCAUUCCUUACACUCCACCACAGUCGCCCAGCCUGCUGUGGUAUUCCUUCCUCUCUUUCAAAAAGAUCUCUGUUUAAAAUUAAAUCUCCUCUUUGUUGUUGGCUGUGUUCCCCUGGAUGGCCUCAAGCUUCUCUUCUAUGGUGUAUGGCCAUGGACCAUGGUCAGGCUGACAUAGUGCCCAUAGGGUAUAACUUGCAACAGUUACAUCAGUGAUCAUGUUGCUGGGUCCUCGCAUCUGUAGGUUGCAUCUUCAUCACCCAUUCCUAGGCUCUGGGAACUUGAGCCGCACACAGCUGUGCCUCUGUCCACUAUGGAGGGAAUGGGCACAGCAGGAUGCUUCUUGCAGCUGGUGCUGAGGCCUGGAUGUCUCAUGGUGAGUCCACGCCGACCAGCGAUCACCCCUAUACUAGCACUAUCAUACACACUAAGAACAAUUUACAUUCAGGAUCGAACCUGGGUCUCUGGUGCGAUAAGGCAGCAACUCUACCGCUGUGACACCAUGCUGCCCCAUAUCGUACCGUACGGUACCUCUGUGUAAAUAUUGCUGCAUUAUGACUGAAUGCCUUUCAAAAGGUUCCCUUGUCUUGACGUAAUGAAACAAUCUGUGUUACAUUCUUUGAACAAAAUGCAUCUUACUGUUAGUUUGGCAUCUGCAUUCUUUGAUGUCAGUGCAUCCAGAGAGAGUGCAAGAUGGCACUCUUGUGUAUGGACUCAGAGACGUCUACUGUCUAAUACUCUUGUAUUUAGUAUGAUUGUGCCUAAUGUAUCACAGAAUUGUCACUGAACUGAUGUAAGGAAAGAAUGUCACUAUACUUGGGUAUAGGUGACAAUAAAGUACAAUUGAACCAUU